UCAGAAUCACUCUCAUAUACCACUCGCAUGUGUUUCUCAUAAACAAGCCAUUGAACUCAAACCAAAUGCAACUGCAAGGUCUAUUACGUAUAGUUUCAAUCUCAUUAAAAGUACCAAAGCUUCACACAAUAUACUAUUGCAUUGUAGUGUAAAUAGAAAGAUAAAAGUUGUAUCAGGGUCGGGCAUCUCACCAUUGACGCUCAGUGGACAGCAUACUAUAAUAGCACGUGGAGGAAUUUUCACUUGUGAAAUACGUGGGGAAAUGAAAAAAUGUAUUAACAAAAGGAAGUUCUGCAGAUGGGGGAAAAGAUGUGUUCUUCGGACAUAAAGCUGCUAUUCUAUUAAAUACAUUCAACAUUAUGAAUUGAUAUUUCUGAUUAGUGAAUUUACUUGUAAGUCAUAUUGACU